AUGAAUUAAUUGUAAGUUUUGACAUUUAGAACGUUCGAAAAUUAAACCUCUAACUAAAAUGUAUUUGACCUGAGUUGAAAUGGAUUUGGAGAUUAUAUGUCUGGAUGACAGCACUGAUCAGGAUAUUGUACUGCAUAAAACUACCGUUCCAGCUCGACAGCCCGGCACUCAGCAGGAGAAGAAAAAUGAAGAAGCAUUUCGUAGGAGACAUAAAGGACUAGCUCCAGCUCGGGCUUCACCAGAUAUUUAUAGUAGAAGAAAUAUAGAAAGCCCCGGAAGUAAACCAAGGAGAAUAAAUCCUGUCUCCGGAGUUUCUGAACCUUCUCAGUUCCAGGCGUCUACCAGAACUUUUCAGUCUGAACGAUCCUUUCUGAGGAAUGCGGAUAUACAAAUCAAUUCUCAUCCUAUUAAUCCAGGAAGAUCUGUUCAAUCCCAAGGACGGAGUUCAGAACGUCACGUCCAAUCCACUAACAGGAAUAAUACGAGACCAAUUGGUUCAGGUGGUUCUCAUAAAAUAACUCAUGACAGACCUGUGGACUCACUUCUAAGUACAUCAGAAAGACUCAUCCAUUCCCAUCGAGGUACUUCUGAAGGACAUAGUCAUCCGGAAAUUCAGUCCCAGCCAAGACACGUUCCAUCACACAAAAUACAUUCUAAAAGACUUGCUUCGCCUCACCAGACUAACCAUGAAAGACUUAUUAGCUCGCGUCCAAGCACAUCACAAAGACUUAUUUCUUCCAGUUCUGUGACCUCUGUAAGACCUAUUUUUCCGCAUCCGAGGAACCCUGUUGAACAUGUCCUAGAAACAGGAGAUAGACUGAACUCCAGCAAUGAUGACGAUAACCAAACUAUUGUAUUACUCAGUGAUAGUAGUGAUGGAGAGACUGAAGAGAGGAUAUCUAGUCCGAGUAUUAUUACAGAGAUAUCUCCUUCUGCUACCAGAAUACUUGAAGUUACUACACCCCCAAUCAGUAGAAAAAGAUUACGAGAAGAACAUGAAAUACUUGAUCGGCAGAAAAGACUUCGAGCACCUUCUCCAGAUCCUAGUGUGAUAAUAGUUUCUCCCCCGAACCCUACCUCGUCCUUUUCAUCCUCACACCUUUCUCAUGUGCUCCGGGAGACUAGUACUACUCUUAAUAUAUCUACGGACACAGAGAGAUCUUUAAAUCCAAAAAGACGCGAUACCGGCCCCGUCCAAGGGAGAAGAAUCGAUCUUGUUCAGGUUGAGAAGCCAAGUCCGGAGUUCAAGGAAUCUACAAGUGAGAAAUAUCUGAAACAGUUUCAGAACGGAUUAGAUUCACAUAACCAGGAGAAAGACGAUUCUAUAAGUACCAACAACCUGUCCUGCUCCAGGUUAUCUAUAGAAGAAAUUACUCCGAAUACGAUCAGAGUAACAACAGAGAAAUCUAAAUCAAGUAAACCUUCAUCCAACUGUAAUUCAGAUAAUGAAGAGUCUAAUGCUGUUAAAAACUCUGCUAGUCUUGAUGUUAAAACCUCAGUUGAACUUUUUCUAAAAACUUGUGAAUCUGUCCUGCCAAGCUCAGAGUUUGUUAGUGUUGAGAAAAAAAUGAUGAAAUAUCUUAAUUAUAUUUCACCUUACUUCCUCAAAUCUGUGAGAUUAAAGAACUUCAUAGAAAUGAAAUGGGGAUUGUUGGACUCCGAUCAUAAAAAUGUUUACGUUCAAAUCCGUGAUGUGUUGGAAGAGUUAAAAACUUACCGCCAGGAAGGACGGAGCGGAACUACAAGUGAUCUCUCAGAUUCAAAUAUUUCCAAGAAAAAAGUAUUAGUUACUACAAUACAUAAACCUCUACGUAAAUGCCCGCCUGAGAGAGUAGCCGAAGACGGGUUUGCUGAAAGAGAGCGGGAUAUAUUAAGUGUUCUGAGUCUAGCUCCUACAGGGUCCGGAUCCACCUCGGUCCAGGGAACCAGUACCUCCUCGUCAUCUUCUCAGAUAUUCAACCAAAACCUAACCAACCCAUCUUCAAACCCAGGUGUAUCAAAAACUGUCCCAGUUUCAUCCAAAGAUGCAGUUAAAACUCCUUCUAAGAGACAUAUUAGAAAACUGGAGAAAGCACUUAGUCAGUGCGAAAGGGAAAUCCGCAAACUCGAGGAUUCCGAGGUUAAUUUCGAGGACGAUGACGAAUCCGUGUAUAUUCUAGGAGCUAAAUACAAGAAGAGAUAUAUGGAUAUAUAUAAAAAACUGGCGGCGUAUAGAAAACUUUCAGCAAACUUGGAACGAAGAUCUGACAAAGCUUUCAAGUUUGAUGAUUCAAGGUUUCCAGAAAUAAAUGUGAAGAUCAGUAAGUUUGUGAACAGGACUAAACAAUUUCCGGAUUUUGUUGAUGUCAAGAAAUUGGUUGAAGAUGUUAACUCAAAGCAAAGUCUUGGAUUAUCAGAAAUUCAGAUUCACACCGAGUCGGAGAGAAUAUUCCAAAGUGUCGGCAAGAAAUUAAAAAUGCGGCGAAACAACGACGAGUUCGAUUCUAUCUGUUCAUAUUUCAAGGAGUUUCAGCCGGUUGAUCCAGCCACACUUGAUCCUGAACUUGAAAACAAGCUCCAGGCUCAAGCAAGAGAAGGAAGGAAGAAGAUAGAUAAGGUGUUUGAAGAGUACGUUGAGAAACAAAUUAUCAAGAAGAAAACCUCGACAGAGAAAAAAGGCAAUAAUGACUCUAAAGUUGAGGACAUAGAUGACGAUGACGAAGUGGAGGACGAUGAUGAGGUAUCCGAGGAUGAUAACAACGGUUCUGACUCUUCUGAUGAGGAUGAGAUUAGUGAGAUUGAUAAGUCUGAAGAAUCUAAAAAUCCUGAAGAUAAAUCAAUCAACGUUCAACCUUUAAGGAACAAACUUGAAACAGAUUUGAAACUUAUUAAAAGUAAGGUUACAGGUCAACCUAUUGAAGAUGAUGAUGAUGGUGAAAGCAUUGGAUCCGUUGACUCUGAGGAAGAAGAAGAGGCUGAGGACGAUGAUCAGUUAGAUGACAAUCAUGAUAUUGAUGAAGAAGAUGAAGACGAUGAUGGUGAUGAUAUAGUUAUUGGUAUCGGAGAGAAACUUGGAGAAGAUUCUAGUUAAAACACUUUUAUCAUGAAUUUAUAUGCUAGACAAGUUAUAGAAUAGAAUUUUUGAUAAUUACUUCAGGAAAUAGAUUAUGUAUGAAUUAACAUUGUUACUUUAACUUUUCGUUUGGUAAAAUAUUAAUUAUAAUUUGUACAAAUAAACUUUUAUUUAUA